AUGGCUUUAUCGGAGAAGAGGAAUCGUUUCUUCAUUUCUUAUGCGAAUCUCGUCUUCCUCUUCUUCUUCUUCAUCUCUCUGCUCGAUAACGCUGUAUGCAUCAGGAUAUCGAAUCAGAUCCCGGAUGCUGUCGUUGAUUCGCCGGAUCGUCCUUUGAAAUCUGCGGUUUUCGCUCUCGGGAGCUUCUGGCGAUCGGAGGCGGCUUUCGGUUGUAUCAGUGGCGUCGUACGAACAACAUCCGGUUACGCCGGCGGGAAUAAGGCGAAUCCGGAGUAUCGAAACUUGGGUGAUCACGCCGAAUCUGUACAGGUCGAAUAUGAUCCAAGGAUAAUUGGUUAUCGUCAGCUCUUGGAUUUAUUCUGGUCUAGCCAUGAUCCCAGACAAGUGUUUGGACAAGGUCCUGAUGUCGGUAAUCAAUACAGAUCCUGUAUUUUCACUAAUUCUACAGAAGAGCUGAGACUGGCUACUACAAGCAAAGAGAGAGAGCAGCUUAAGUCAAGAAACAGCAUCGUAACUACUCAAAUUCAACAGCUUGGAACCUUUUAUCGCGCAGAGCCUGAUCAUCAGAAGUUCGAGCUGAAACAGCAUCCACUCCUUCUACAGCUAAUAGGAAACAUACCAGAAGAAGAGCUGGAGAGAUCGGCUGUAGCCACAAAGCUAAACGGUUAUGCAGCCGAGCUAUGCCCGCCUAGAGUCCAGAAAAAAAUCGACUCUAGAGUAAACGAGAUCAUUAGAAAAGAUAAAAUCUCUCAGUCCCCAAAAUCGUCGAAGAUAGAUUCAUCAGAUCGAAAACGAAAGAAGGAUUCGGUCUCUUCGAUAGAUCGAACAUCGGAGAAAUCCAAGCAGAAGAAGGACGAUCACCACAACAAGCACCGGAAGAAGAGCAAGAUGGCGUCGAGGGACCAAGUGAAGGCGUCGCACAUUCUGAUUAAGCACCAAGGAUCUCGGAGGAAGGCGUCGUGGAAAGAUCCAGAAGGGAAGAUCAUCAUGACCACUACCAGAGAAGCAGCCGUAGAGCAGCUCAAAUCGAUCCGUGAAGACAUCGUCUCUGGCAAAGCUAAUUUCGAGGAUGUGGCCACUCGUGUUUCCGAUUGUAGCUCUGCCAAACGCGGCGGCGAUCUCGGUCCCUUUGGUAGAGGUCAAAUGCAGAAACCAUUUGAGGAAGCAACUUACGCACUCAAGGUUGGAGAUAUUAGCGACAUUGUUGAUACAGACAGUGGAGUCCAUAUCAUAAAGAGAACAGCUUGA